UCGUGCCAAUUGAGUCAGAGCCCACUGUCGUGCCUGGUGAUUCGGUGCCCGCAGUCUUGCCAGACGACUCGACGACUCGGUGCCCGCAGUCUUGCCAGACGACUCGGUGCCCACGGUCUUGCCAGACGACUCGGUGCCCGCCGCUCCGCCUGGGGGCCCGAGACCUGUCGCUCCGCCUGGGGGCCCGAGACCUGUCGCUCCGCCUGGGGGCCCGAGACCUGUCGCUCCGCCUGGGGGCCCGAGACCUGUCGCUCCGCCUGGGGGCCCGAGACCUGUCGCUCCGCCUGGGGGCCUGGUGCCUGCUGCUUCACC